CUUGACAGUUGACUGUCAGAGUCAGAAAGUGUUACAAAAACGUUGUAUGUGCGUUGUUUGUUUACAAUCAUACUUAAACAUUUUACAAAUACUGAUUCAGUAUUAUUAUUAGGUCUUAGACUUAGCUUUCUAGCUUCUUCUCAUCCCAUGAGGAAAAAUAUUGUAAGUUGUUAAUUUUGUAACUUUAUGCCCUUUGGGUUUCUGUUACACAAGAUUCAAGGACUCGACAUAGUGUAGAUUAAAAGUAAGUAUUGUAGUAAAGAUGGGUGACUGGACGAGCUUGGAAGCAAUCAUGCGAGACUUGUCAGUAGCUCAAGGAUCCUGUGUCCCAGCCAGUUUGGAGACAUACACAUCCAAUGCUCCCCCAGCAUACAAUAUUGACGAAGAGGAAAGUGAAGAACAAAAAUACUAUACAAGUGAUGCGGAUGCAGAAGCAAGCUUUGGAGCACCAGACUGUAGUCAGAUUCAACAAAUGCUCAGGCUGGUAAAAGAAAGUGAAGCCAAUAAAGAUGAGAAUCUAAAUGGAUCAGGUGACUUUAACCUGCUGAGCUCAGAGGUAGCAAAGAAUAAAAAUAAGAAGAAAUUAAAGAAAAAUGCAGCUCUCUCGUCCAUCAUAGCAGCACAGGAGGCUGAUAAAGCGAGAAAACAUCUUAUUGGUGACGAUAUUGUUCAGAAUAUGUUUAAAAGAAAAAGUAGAGUUAAUAGUGAAGUCAAAGUUCCUGCUCCUAAGGUCCCCAUACCUGCUCCAUCCCUACCAAGACCUAUUCACAAAUAUACUCCAAGUGCACGAGCUAAAGAAUAUUACAACAAGUUUGAAGAGCAAACCAAGUUUCGGGAACAGUUUCAAGAGGACAUAUGGUCUAUAGUUGAACGACAGAUGAACGAAAUUGAUGCGAAGAAACGGCAGGAAGCUGAGCUGGCCAGUCUACAAGAGUCUGAUGUCACAAGCACAAGUGCUUCCAGUUCUACAAGCGGUUACGAUAUAGUGAACUUGCCGUGUCACCGUCAUGAAAUUGAAGCUGAUUGCGUGGUAUGCAUAGUUGCCUGCAAACAUGGGUACAACUUUUAAGCACUAAGAAGUAAUACAUUACUUAAUUCAAUAUUGCAUAGGUAAUUUUAAGUGUGGGAGAGCCCUGGGCCGGCUCUGCAGGCACUCCUGCUAUCACUAUACCACGGGCUCACAGAAAACCGACGUGAAACAACGCUUGCGUUCUGUUUCGGUCAUUUGAAUGAGGUUAACGGAGGCCCAAUUUCCCUCCUCCCCAAUCUUCAAAUUCGUAACUUCUAAAUGGCCGGCAACGCACUUGUAACACUUCUGGUGUUUCGGGUGUCCGUGGGCGGCACAUGACUGAUUAAAAGACCUGGGUCCCGAUUCAUUAUUUAAAAAAAACGUGCUCGGUUCGGAACCGGUUUGGAAAAUAAAUGCCCAGAUGUAAACUCACUGCAUGGGACUGCUAGGAUUAGUCAUAAGAACAUAGUUAUUGUUAUAUAUUUAAAGAGUCUAUGAAAUUGCUUUAAAUAUGAAAAAUACAGGUAAAGAACAUGAAUGUUACAUUCCUUGGAGGAUUAAAAAAUUAUGAUAACAUGUUUGUAGUUCACUAUAGUCCAUUCACUUAUGUAUUAGAAAAAUGAGGUUCAUAUAAGUAGGGGUGCGCAACAUAUAUUUUGUUAAAAGAAUUCAAACUAUUUUCAUAAAUAAUGAUUUUACUAUAAAACAUUAUCUAUACUUCAU